AUGGAAGAUCUGCGCAUGCUGUUCUUGGAGAUACGAAAAACGAACGCCACGCCCAUUCUUUCGAGUGAAAAGGACAGCACGAGCGCGCUCGGCGUCUCGCCGACGGUUUCACGAGGCGGCGCUAGCUUCGAAAAAAAGAGUGAUGUCUCGUUCGACAGCGGAGGAAGCCUCACUCCCCGCAUGCCACGACCACCGACCACCCCGGCGUCUGGUCAGCAGAUUUCCGUGACCGGAGCUGCGUCGACCUCCCUUCCUCAGCCUUUUGGUCCGACGCCGACCAGUGCUUCGGUUUCCCAAGAUGAGGCGUUAGGCCACGCCGUAGGCGCCGCCGCGUCCCGUGGGGGCCGGCAGAGUCCACCCUCUCGCCAAAUGGUGAGCCAGACACCGGUGGCGGGGAUGGUGUCCAAGCGGCAAUCAUCCUUUUACCAGAGCGUUGGCAAGAACGCGGCGCAGUUCGCGAUCGUCUCGGAGUCUUGCCUCGAGCCCGAAGACGACGGGUCGAUCGAAACCGUCGAGAGGCCUUGGCACAACUCGACGCGGGCUGCCUCGAUGUGCGGGGACGCGUCUGCGCCUGUCGGACAGGUCGCAGAUUCAAAUCGGGACCCUUCUCCGGGAAGUUCUGGGCGAUGGCCCUCCCCGCAGUCGGAGGGCGGCGGGGACGUCUGGGUGUUCUUUUCUCCGGCGCUGAAGGAGGGCCCGUUGCCGGUACUAAGAGGCAAGCCUCGCCCGGGCAGAGGAAAACCUCCCUUGGUCGACAUAGAGGAUGGGGCGGCGUCGGGGGACAAGAUGGCGCCCUCAGAAGCAAUGAGUAAGAUCCCGGAGCCUAGGUGGUUCUAG